AUGGAGGAGAUGGCCAGGCGAUGGGUCGGCCCAAUUAUCCGAGAGAAGCACGAUCAAUGUCUCGCUGGAAAAUACGCCGCGCGUCUUCGCGAGCUACACCGUGACCGUGAAGCAGAUCCUCAUUUCAACAUCGACGUGUUGGGAUACUCCAGCGGCACCAGCAGCCGAGCAUGUAGCCAGGCUGCUCAAACGCCGAGUUUCACUCAUCAGCAGGGCAACGCCCUGUUCGCCCCGCAAUCCAAAAAGAUGGCGCCUCCUGCGUCUUCCAGUUUGAUGGCGCCCAACCAGACGACGGCCGUAUCGCAAUCUCGGCCUCCGCCCAUUUACGCGAACCAGCAAUCGCCAAGCCAGCUGCGCCAUGGCUCGAUGGUUGGGCCCAUGGGCUCUUCUUUGCCGAUGGCCGGUUUUAAGCCUCGGGACUCUGACGCACCCGAUGAGCUCUCUGCCAUCUCUCACAUGCUCAUGGAUCAACGAUUCAUAGAAAUGGACCGAAUCAUCAGCUUUGAUGACAUGGUGUUUACAGCGCAGACCGCGAAUAAUGGCAACCCAUCUAUGCCAGUAAAUGAAUGGGGCCAAGUUGAUAAUACGAGAUUGGAGUAA